GACUCAGUGCUCGUGGUAAGCCAAGUUCUUCUUAGCGCUCGUACGGCUACAAAGGCUCUCACUCUCUCGUUCUGCCUCUCUCUCUUCCACACACACACAGACAGACACACACUUCACCAGAUCACACACACUCAAAAACACAAAGCAGAAGUGGACAAAGACACAAAGUUUCAGUCGCUACAGUCGGCUAUGGCGCAGGGCUCUGACAGCAAUGACACAAGUUACAAGUCCCCAUCACCUGGAAGCAGACAGAGCUCAGACGACCCAAAGAAGGUGAUGCGCCGCGAGAAGAAUCGAAUCGCUGCCCAGAAGAGCAGGUUGAGGCAAACUCAAAAAGCUGACAGCCUUCACUUGGAGAGUGAGAACCUGGAGAAGGAGAAUGCCGCCCUGAGGAAGGAGGUGAAGCAGCUGACAGAGGAGGCCAAGUAUCUGUCGUCUGUGCUGAGCAGCCACGAACCUCUGUGCACCGGCCUGGCUCCUCAGACCCCGGACCUCCUCUAUCCUCCUCAUCACAGCAGCUACAGCACCAGCCAAAAGUUUGGGGUGUAUCCAAACUUUUGACUGGCACUGCACCACCGCCAGCAAAUCGCUGUACCACACUACCAGCGCUAACCCCCUCCCCCUCCCAACUGACUACUGAAGAUGUACUGCGAAACAGACGACUGACCUCAAUGGAGAGAGACUGACUGGAGAUAUUUCAAUCAGUGUUAAAAACCUGAUCACAGAGUAACAUGACAGACCAACGGGUCUGCCACACACGGCAGCCAAACUGUAAUUAUUUAUUUCGCUUCUGCUCGUCUCUCUGCUUUUCUGAUUUAUUAUCAGUAAUCUAUCUGUGAACUUAAAUGGCUCAUUGAGUAGAAUUAUCAGCCAGUCCAUGUUUACACAGAGUGAAGAACCAACCUAGUAUAUAAAUGUUGAGGUGACUCAGGCGAUAUUUUUGUAAAUUGCAUACUUUUAGUGUGAAGGAGAGCCACCUUUAUCAUCUCACCCACCUUGUUUUGUUUUUGGUUUUUUUGUUUGUUUGUUUGUUUGUUUUGUUUUGGGGUUUUUUGUGUGUGUGUUUCUUGUGUUGUUCACUGUUUUAGUGUGUUACUGUUGAUUGCUAAUUCUCAGGACCUUUUGACAGAUUUGAUUGUGGACAAAGAGAAUGUAAAGUCAAGAUCCUAAGAAAAGAGAGGUUUUUCAGACUGUGUACCAAAAAAAAGCAAUUGUUGAUGAUGAAGAAUUGGAACCUGGCGUUCAAAAGGUCUUGACUUCUGUUGAUAAAGCUGAUAUGUGAGAAGAGCCAGCUGAUCUAUUUAUUAAAUGUAAUGCCUUUUAGGAUGAU